GAAAUGACAGUCAAUAUCAUUUUUGUUUAGAAGCGAUAUGCUGUUGGUUUAUGCUUGCCAAACAUUUCCCCUUUAGUUUAGUUUACUGUGUGCGACAAGCACAAGCCUAAUGUUCCAAUCGUUCUAAAGUCAUUGCAGUAAAGGUACAGGAUGUAGUCGAGUGAUAUCUUCACUAAUGUAUAUCUAUGUACCUACAUAUAGAAAAAGGCAACUCCAACGCGUAGUGCGUGCAAAAUAUAGUAAGGACUAACAGCGCAGGGAAAAUUUCAUCGGAAAUGUUAGGAAACAAGGCCCGAAAUAUGUGUUUGCGGCAGGAUACAGUGUGAAAAAUUUACAUGUGACCUAAUUAAGGCAUGUCGUAUGUGUAGUUUCCGUGGCCAUCGAAGUAGAGUAGAAGCUAGUGUGCCAUCACAGCAGUGUGUCCUGCACAUAGUGAACGAUGAUUCCGUGGAUGCGAGAGAAAAUUGCCGAGCGGAAGGCCCGCUGGCAGCAAUCCAGGAAACAGCAACGUGACACUUCCGGAGCAGCUGCAGCCGAAACCGAUUCCAUGGAAAGUGCUAGCAGCUCAUCCAUGGCAACAAAUGCGUCAUCCUCUUCACCUGCUGGAUCCAGUUACCGUGGAAGUCCUUCGCGAAAUUUUCGAUUCUCAUCCAAGCAGCCUCAUCAUCAUCAUCAUCACCAUCACCGUCAUCAAAAUCAGCAGGCUGCGACAUCCGCUGAUCGAUCAAAAAACAGCACCUCGCACUUGGAUAGACCCGGUACCAGCUCUGCGUCCGAUUGUACCCAAUCCGCCGAGGAAUGCUGCUUGGCAGAACGACGUGGCCGUAGGUCCUCCCUUCUGUUGCGCAUAAUCAGCCCUCGUGGCGGCAUCGUUUGCGUAGAAGUUCCUCACGACUGCAGUGGCAGUCAGCUGAAAAUCCACGCACUGGAGCAAUUUGCGAGUUGUUCCUUUGCAUUGCCUCACUUCUCUUCGGACAUUGACCAGCUGGUGGGGAAGUACAAGCUGAUACGUGCCAGAAAUAGGACUACCUUCCAGGAUGGUGAUACGCUGCAAAAGUUGGGCGUUCGAAAUGAGGAGGAAUUUUUACUAGUGGUGAAACGUACCGAUUUCAUGCCCGCGGAAGAUAAUCUCAAAGGACCAACCGUUGCUGAAGUUCUUGCGGCUACUAAACACAUUCCGUUGUCUCGUACAAAUCAAGCAAUGACGAACUCAAAUGUGGCGAUGUUACAAACUGAUCUGCAGCAAGAUCUGCGUAGAAUUCUUAUUUCACUCGCACGUGCCUCCGCGUUUGUGAUCGGGUCGGGAUCCUGCUCGGAAAAGCUUAUCGCCCUGUUCAACCAGAGGCUGGUCAACCGGCGGCGGCAUCAAGUCCGCUCGAUCGAAACGCUGCUCGAGAUGGGCUUUUCGUUGGACAAAAUUCACCAAGCAAUGGAAAUUACCAAAAAUGUGUUCCCAGCCGCUCUGGAUUGGCUAAUACAAAACGAUAGCUCGGUGAAGCUGUUGAACUGUGAUACAACCACUAAAACGAUCCAAACAACGACGAUUAUUGCUGGCAAUGAGACCAACGAAGCAUCGACCAGCACCGUAGAACGACCUCCGCCUCUAGCUGAAGCAGAACCGGAUAUCGACGGGUCGGGAAAUACCUCAAAGGCGCCCUCGCAAUGUGCUACUCCUAGCAGCGAACAAGGCGAAAGCCUAGAGCAAGACGACGAGGAAGAUGGCGUGACACGAUUUCGACGGAAAGUCGACUACGUGGAAGCGUUACUGGACAUCAUCCGACAGUUCUCGGACCGGGAUGUCUACCCGACGCCGGAGAUGGUGGCCUCCAUAGUCGAGAUGGGUUUCAACGAGAAGAACGUUCGAGAGGCACUGGUUGCCACCAGAAAUAAUCAGGCUGCAGCGUGCGAGUGGUUGCUGGGAAAUCGGAGUAAAAGCCUAACGGAAUUGUGCGAUGGCUUGCCUCAGGAUUCCCCGAUACUGCAGGUGCUGCUGGCUUCACCCCAAGUACAAAUUAGCCUAGGAAAUCCAAAAAUGUUUAUAGCGCUUCUCUCCAUGCUGGACAAUUCCUCGACCAUGACGAUGUGGCUUAGCGACAACGACAUCUCCUCGGUGCUGGGUCACAUCCUGCGGACGUAUCACGAGGAGAAGCACAUAGUGGCAAUCAAUCAAUUCAACAAUGCACAAAGCUUUAACUGAGUAAAUUUUGCAGAUUGCAGUAGAAAUAACAGAAAAGGAACAAUCGUAGCAUUGGAAUCAAUCAAUUACGCAGAGUAGAUUUAUGGAAUUGUUACAACAAAUCUGAAGAGCAAAAUCAAAAUUUGUUGAUUUAUCCGCAAAUUUAAAAAUGCAAACAAGAAGGAAUAUAAUACAAAUUACAAAAAAGCUCUCUAGAAUAUUACAAAUCAACCAGUCAAUCGAUUAAUCAUCAAAAUCAGUAGUGAGUCAAAGUAGCAGCUUUCAAAUCAAGUGUAGGAAUUUUCUUCUGAUUCCGUAGGCUUUCGAUCAACUAGUUUUCGACGCUUCCGCUUUCUUCAACAAAACAAUUCCAUUGCCACAAUACCUACCUAAGUAGUAAAUUUCUAACAUCAAAUUCUACAUCUCAAAAUAUCAUGAUCUCUAAACCGAUAGUCGCAGCAAGUAUUAGGCUUUUUAUUUUGAAUUUAGCUGGUCACAAUAGGUAGGGUACAAAAUAAACCAAUUGCAUUGUUAAUUACACCGCGUGCCAAUUAGCGAGAUAAUCUCCAAAAAAACGAACGAUCAAGACACGCUUUUGCACUGGAUGGAAAUAACCCCGCAGUAAACCAACGCAUUUUGACGACAGCGCAGAGAAUCUAUUCGAUACGAUAGUAGGCAUUAUGGGAAUUUAUACAACAAUCUUAUAACAAGUAACUAUUAGUUCUGUUCACAAGCGAACGCCAAAGAAGUAUUUUAAGCAACGCAGAAAAUAUAACAACUGAUAUUGUGAUAGGAUGAAGUUCGGAGAAACAAAUACAUGCAAACGAACAUGGUUUAA